GCACCGAGAAUUUUAUAAUAUACUAUGGUCGGCCUGUGCCGUGUUUUGUAUUUACGUUUCCACUGAUCCAGAUUAUUUACUUUUUUUUUUUGUUGCUCAGCUGCGGCAAUUUCUGUGUUUUGGUUAAUUUCUUCUGUUGCCGUUGUCGCCGCCCGCUACCACCGCCUUAGCCGCCGCCACCACCGCCGCGUAUCUGUCAUUGCUACAGUUGCCGCCGCCGUUUAGCGCGAAUUUCUGCGCACCUUGUAAGCAGCAGCCGUCCCGCCGGCCGUACAUUGUCAUGGUCCUGAUCAAAGAGUACCGCAUCUGUAUGCCACUGACUGUCGAAGAGAACAUAAAGAGAACAUAAUGUUGUUGAAUACUGAACGUGUGGAUAAAAUGGAGAUACUAAAAACCGAAUCUGUGUCUUCGACUCCAGUAUUGAAAUGGAAAAAAAUAGUUGAUCCAAUUGGACCACAACCGAGGCCACGUCAUGGACACAGGGCCGUCGCUAUUAAAGAUCUUUUGAUCGUGUUUGGCGGAGGUAAUGAAGGUAUCGUCGAUGAACUACAUGUUUACAAUGCAGCAAACAACCAAUGGUUUAUACCUCAGACUUCCGGCGAUAUUCCCCCCGGAUGUGCAGCAUACGGUUUAGUUGUUGACAACACUAGACUAUUGAUUUUCGGAGGUAUGGUCGAGUACGGAAAGUACUCUAAUGAGUUGUACGAGUUACAAGCGUGUCGGUGGCAUUGGAGUAAACUUCAGCCCAGACCUCCGUUAUACCAUAUGUCGCCUUGUCCCAGGCUGGGCCAUAGUUUUACAUUGAUUGGCAACAAAGUUUAUUUAUUUGGCGGGUUAGCUAACGAUAGCAAUGACCCUAAAAAUAACAUCCCACGUUAUCUAAACGAUCUAUAUACGUUAGAUAUAUCUUCGCCAGACGCUUUAGCCUGGGAUAUACCAGAGACGGUUGGCGAUUUCCCGCCUCCCAGAGAAUCCCACACAGCAGUUGCAUACACAGACACGAGAGGGAAAUGUAAACUAAUCAUAUACGGUGGUAUGAGUGGCUGUCGACUAGGAGAUUUGUGGACUUUGGACAUAGACACCAUGUCGUGGAAUAGACCAAUUGUGUUGGGCCCAAAACCACUACCGCGAUCUCUGCAUACUGCUGUAACUAUCAAAAACCGUAUGUUUGUUUUUGGCGGAUGGGUUCCUUUUGUUGAAGAAGUGAAAUUGCCGAUACACGAAAAAGAAUGGAAGUGCACAAAUCAGUUGGCCUGCUUGAAUUUGGAGACGAUGACAUGGGAAGAACUUAACAUGGACAUGAACGAAGACAACAUGCCGAGAGCUAGGGCUGGUCAUUGUGCAGCAAAUAUACAAACCCGUAUGUACGUGUGGUCGGGCCGAGACGGAUACAGGAAAGCUUGGAAUAAUCAGGUUUGUUGUAAAGAUCUGUGGUAUUUGGAAGUAGACAAACCUCAAAAAUGUGCCAAGAGUCAGUUAGUGAGGGCUUCUACAAAUGCUUUGGAAAUUGUAUGGAAUAGUGUCCCAACUGCGGACGCCUAUAUUUUACAAAUUCAAAAGUACGACCAACCAGCAGACACUACAGCUCCUGCACCACCGUCUAUGAUCGAUUAUUCACUGCUACCAUUCUUGACACCCGAGUUGGCUAAAAAGAACACCGAUAAUGAUGAUUGUACAGUGGUGUCCGUUUCCGAACCCAUCAGCAGCCCUAUUAAACCAAAUCAAAUGAUUAAAAUAUUACCUCAAAGUACAGUCAACACUUCAACAUUAAUCAAAGAUCAACCGUUCACACCCGUCACUGCUCAAGCGUCCGGAACAAUGAAAAUAAAAACUGUUCAAAGCACUAACAUAACACCGUCAUUACAACAAAACUUCAAGGCGGUGAGUCCUGCUACACCAAAGAAUCCAACGUCGUUUGUCAGCUCUCCCUCGAUGGACAUAUUAUCGGACGCUGCCAUGCAUACUCUUGCCGCUGCUGCUUCGGCUACUCAGAAGAUCAAAACUACGGCCGUUGUAGUUUCAAAACAAGCUGAACUACCCAAACCUGUAAUUAAAACGGCGGGUGCUCCCUUUAAAAUUGUUCAAACACAGAGGUCUAUUAAAAAUGUUAUGUCUCCUGUUAACACCACUUCUGUUCCACAACAACAGGCAGUUCGAAUUACUGGCCCAACUUUGACGACUUCUGCUGGAACAGUUCUUAAAGCGGGAUCUAAUGUUUUUGGAAAACAAGUCAUUUUUCAAAAACCUGGAGGAUCACAAUCAAAUUUUGUUACCUUGGUAAAGACUAGUCAAGGUAAUCUGAUACAAGGAAUCCCAGGUAAAAUGAUUGGAACUACUACACCAAACAAGAACAUGCAACCUUCAGUUCUUAAGUUUAUCAAUCCUCCGAUAAAUCAACAAAAUAGUCCUAUCAAAACCAAUGCAACCAUGAAGACUGUACCGCUUAAAACAGUUGGUACAAGACUGCCGGUGGCCAACAAACCGACUAUUGUUAUUCAAAAAGGCAAUGCAAAUCGGUCAGCGUCUCCCCAAAUUAUUAUUGUAACUACUGGGUCGAAUCUCAGAGGCAUACAAACCUUCUCGGCUUCUCAAGCCAACCUAACCAACCGCACUAGUGUGUCUAAUUCGCCGGUGCAAAUGGUGAUGGUUUCAUCCGGCGGCAAUACGCCGACCGGUAGCAAACCGAUUACCAUCACUAUGGCGGGGGCUGGUAACCGUAAAAUGGUCACUCUCGGCAAAUCAAAUUUGACCGGCAUGACAAUUGGCGGUAAACCAGUUACCCUUCAAAUGGUCAGUGGUCAAAACAAUAUGGCCAUUUUGACUUCAAACUCUGGCGGAAAUGUUGUUCAACUUAAGAACACGAAUCUUGUAAGUACCUCGAGUACUCCUAGGCCCAUCGGACUCAACUCAAAAGUACCAUCCUCUGUCAAAGUAUCUACAGACUUGCCAGCUAGCACGGAAUCGGCACUGACUCAGUUAGCAGUGGAAGCUGGUAUCAUUGAAUCGUCGUCAAAGGGUUCCAAUGAAUACGAAGAAACGUCGGAUUACACAAAGGAAGAGCUAGAAAAUUUGAUUAGGGAAGAGGGUAUAGAAAGUUUGGAUGUAGAUAUUGCUAACAUAAACAGUGCCGAAGACGCCACAGCUGUUAUUGACUGAAUAAGACACACAUUUUUAUUCUUAUGACUUCAGUAAAUUAACAAUAUUUAGUUUUAUUUUUAGUUAAUUUUUUAUUUUUUUCUGUGCAAACCUGAGAUCAUUUUAGCCUAUCUUUAGCCUAUCAAUAUUGUAUACUAUAUUUUUCAACAUUUUUUUUUCUAUUCACAGAAAAAUAUGGGUAGAUGUAAUUUUAUUAUGUACAUACAAUUUUGUAUAAUAAAAAAAAGUAAAAACAUAGUAUGCUAAAAAUGUUAUUUACAUGAAUUAUUUUUGGUUUAUUUGAUACAUUGAUGUUUUUUUUAAACAUAACUAGCCCAAUUUUUUAUUUCUGGUGUUGAACAACAUUAAAGAUUUAAUUGUGGGUAUAAUAUAUUCAUUGUUUAUAUUUAUAAGUAUUUUGGUUAUAUGUACAUAUGUGGCGAAAAUUGUGUAUGGCCUUUAAUUUUUUGGAUGGGUUUAAUAUUUUUUGUAUUUUGUAUACAAAAAUAUAAAUAUAAAAUCAACAACAAUUUGAUCGAGGGAAAUGUAAGGCCAAUGUAUUAAUUAAAACAAAUCUAAUAUUAUAAAUUAGCACUUAUAUUUUUUUCUUCUUAUUUUCGGUUUAUUUAUUUGUAAGUAUUUAUUGAAAUAUAACAAUUAUAUGUUAAUAAAAAUUUAUUUCAAGA